UGCUCCUCUCAUAUAAAGCGCUUCCCAAUGCCGGAGGAAACACUGAAUCACAGCUUCAGAGGGGGAGUCGAGCACCAUCCACUCAUCUCUCUCACAGUGCUCUUCAGCCACCAGCUGCUCAGUCAAAGUCAUCUCUGAUUGAACUUUUACUAAAUUCAACAACGAAAGAAAAACUCUAGGUCACAUUCGCGCCCGAGAAACAAAGUUUGAGACGAAGGGAAGCUGAAGUUUUGAGAGCGCACAUGGCUGCUCUGAUAAGCGCGUAUUCGUCCUGGCCGGAGAGCUUUGAGUGCUCUGCGGGAAAUGCGGACGUACCUGACGGACACACCUCCCACAGAGCUCCCGCGGACAAGGUGUCGGAGCCGCGCAUCAGGAGACCCAUGAACGCCUUUAUGGUGUGGGCCAAAGAUGAGCGCAAGAGACUCGCAGUGCAGAACCCCGAUCUCCACAACGCGGAGCUAAGCAAGAUGCUGGGAAAGUCAUGGAAAGCUUUAACUCCGCCACAGAAGAGACCAUACGUGGAGGAAGCGGAGCGGCUGAGGGUGCAGCACAUGCAGGACUACCCCAAUUAUAAAUACCGUCCCCGUAGAAAGAAGCAGCUGAAGCGCAUCUGUAAACGAGUGGACCCUGGCUUCCUCCUGACCACUCUCGGCCCCGACCAAAACUCCCCCCGAGGCUGCUGUCACCCCCUUGAUAAAGACGAUGAGAGUGCUGUGAGUGGCAGUGUUGGCUUCAGUUCUCCCAGCGCAGCUUUACCUGGCGUCAGGGUCUUCAGAGAUCCCUCCAGUUCCAACAGCAGCUUCGAUACAUACCCAUAUGGCUUGCCCACGCCACCUGAGAUGUCGCCUCUGGACGCUGUGGAUCACGAACACCAGUCCUACUACUCAUCCUCCAGCUCAGUCUCCACCAGCUCCUGCUCGUCUUCCACCUCUUGCCCAGACGACAGGCGUCCCACCCCAGUGCACAUGAGCAGUCCACACCCCUACCAUCCCGAUUACUCCCAGCAGGUACCUUUGCACUGUGGGAGCUCACAUUUGGGCCACAUCCCGAUGUCCCAUCAGGGAAGUGGAGCAACCCUUAUCACAGCUCCUCCAUUGUCCUAUUACAGCACUUCGUUCCCGCAGGUUCAGAUCCAUCAUGGGCAUCAGGGGCACCUGGGCCAGCUUUCGCCCCCUCCAGAGCAGGGGCACCUGGAGGGUCUGGAUCAGCUGAGCCAGGCUGAAUUGCUGGGUGAGGUGGACCGAGAUGAGUUUGACCAGUACCUAAAUUCUACUAGUUAUCACCCCGAACAUGGUGGGAUGACAGUCACGGGACACAUCCAGGUAACGCCGGCUUCCGUUUGUUCCAGCAGCGCUACGGAAACCAGUCUCAUCUCCGUAUUGGCCGAUGCCACGGCAGCCUAUUACAACAACUACAGCAUUUCAUAAACACCAAAACAGAGACAGUUGACACAGACAGAGACUGUGGGCUCGACAAGGGUCAGCGAUAUGACUGGCAGGUGAAAGGAAGGCUGUGGAGGGAGCGGAAAAGAGAAGCUACAGGAAGUCAAAGGACACCUCAGGGAUGCAUAGAUAACAAAAAAAAAAAUGAAGUUCAUUCCCAUCUUUGUUUCCAAAAGAAGAACGGAAGUGAAAGAAAAAUGGACAAACAUAGAAAAUGCUCUCAUAUCUUGCCACAAAAGCAUGUACAUAUGCUAUAAAGCUUAUUUAUAUAUCAAAAUGCUUUGCAUUAAAGCUUAUUGUAUUUUUUUUUUUCAGUCCAGAUAUAUUCAGUUGAUUUUUUUUUUCAAACCUCAGUUGUUUUACCUCAAGAUUUAUUUAAGUGAGGCUGGUCUCUUCCUUUAUAGGACUUAAUUUUGAAGGAAAUUCUGCCCUUUCAUUUCCCUUUACCUUCAUUUCAAAAAUGUAUUUGUAUACUCAUAAACAGUUAAAAGAAUAAUAAUAAUGAAUACUAUUGUAUGCCAAUUUAGGUUUGCCAUAUUAAUUUAAUUGAAAUAAAAUUUUGAGAUUUAUACAUUUAGCAUUCUCACUUCUAAUGUUCUCACUGAUGUCAAUAACAAGCGAAUUAAUGUAUCAAUAUUGAUGUUUGUUGAACGCCAUUCUGUUUGGCCGAUUUCAUGAUAAAUUGCAUUGUUUAUGCCCCUUUUAAGUACAGCACAAUGAUUAUGUCUGUAGGUCUGGACUUAAAAAAAAAUGCUCUUCAUUUUGUGAUAUAUUAAAAGUGAAUGUUCUGAGGCCCCAUCUGAAUUAGAUGCCACUUAAUAAAAACGCAAAAUAAAUACA